GCGACUCUGGCGGAGUGGCGGUGGAGAAGAGCGCUGCCAAGAAUACUGUUGUAGUCCCCGUCGACGAGGAGUCGAGGCUGACCCAUUAAAAAAAGAUAAUUUAAUCUUAACCGGAUACGGAGGUAAUCAUUACAUAGAGAAAGUCGCAGUCGAGUGUAUUUUAUGCAGACAGAUCUACGUUUGCCUGGACUUUGAACUACUUUUCCAGCUGAAAGUGAGCAGGGACUUCAUGGAUCACGGAUGCGUUUACGUUAGCUCUCCUGUCUGGAGCUACGGGUUUGACGUCGGUGUUAGCUUAAUCCAUGGUCAAAUUUAACGGUUCUCGCCUGCUGGUCCAGACAACACCGCUUCAGCCAUCCCAGUGCUGUGACCAAAGCUUCAUCCAGUUGCUCAAGAGCAAGACCUGCAGAUCAGAUCAGGGAGUGCUGUAAAAACCCAAAAAGUGAAUUGAAAGAGAAAUAGAUGUUCCCUGUUGCUGCCUUCAGUGUUCCUUGCCAGAGAGUGAGCUGUAGCUGGUUGUGCUGAUUUGACAGUGAUUGUUGGAGAGAUCUUUCUGACCAGUGCUUUUCUAAAUUGUUUCUCUCUCUCCCCACUACUGGAGUUAAUAGGGUGAGGGAGAAAAGCAUUGUUGGACACGUUUGUGCUGCUCUGCAAACCCCUACAUGGGGGUUUAAUAGGAGUUGGACUCUUGUGGGUCACCGUUAGAAUUCAGUGCAGCAGAGGACCAUGGGAAAGGAACAGGAGCUUCUGCAGGCGGUUAAGAAUGGUGACUUGCUCUCCACGCAGAAACUACUCGCCAAGUUCAAGAGCAGCCGAAGCAAGCUACUGGGCUCUACCAAGAGACUCAAUGUAAACUAUCAGGAUCCAGAUGGGUUUUCAGCACUGCACCAUGCCGCUCUAACUGGCACCACAGACCUUCUUUCCUUGUUGCUGGAGUCUCAGGCAACAGUGGAUAUCAAGGACAGCAAUGGAAUGCGUCCGCUGCAUUACGCUGCGUGGCAGGGGAAAGCUGACUCAGUGCUCUUGCUGCUUAGAGCAGGAGCUUCUGUCAAUGGAGCUUCGCAAGACGGGCAGAUCCCACUGCAUCUGGCUGCACAGUACGGACACUAUGAAGUAUCUGAAAUGCUGCUGCAACACCAGUCUAAUCCCUGCAUGGUGAACAAGGCUAAGAAGACUCCUCUGGACCUGGCCUGUGAGUUUGGCAGGCUGAAGGUUGCCCAGCUAUUGUUGAGCAGUAACAUGAUUACGACUCUUCUGGAGGGGGACAAGAGGGACUCUAUAGAAUCCGCCUUUAACACACCCCUCCACCUUGCUGCUCGGAAUGGACAUAAGGACAUCAUCCGGCUACUGUUGAAAGCCGGGAUUGACAUCAACAGAGCUACCAAAGCAGGAACUGCUUUGCACGAGGCCUCUCUCUAUGGGAAGACUGAGGUAGUGCGGCUGCUGCUGGAUGCUGGAAUUGAUGUGAAUAUUCGGAACACAUAUAACCAGACAGCCCUGGACAUUGUCAAUCAGUUUACCACCUCUCAUGCCAGCAAGGACAUCAAACAGCUCUUACGAGAUGCCACAGGAGUUCUUCAGGUGAGAGCUCUGAAGGAUUACUGGAACCUCCAUGACCCUACUGCCCUCAACAUUCGCGCUGGUGAUGUCAUUAUGGUGCUGGAGCAACACAUGGACGGCCGCUGGAAGGGUCACAUCCAUGAUAGCCAGAGAGGCACGGACCGUGUAGGCUACUUCCCCCCAUCCAUAGUGGAGGUCCUCAGCCGACGAUCUGGGGGCACCCUGUCACGGCACUGCUCUCUGCCCUGCCAGAGGCAGCAGCAGCUCUCCAGAGCACCCCUCACCUCCAGUCUGAGCAUGAGCACCUCUGUCACCCCUCAAACCGACAACUCCUACACUCUGUUCACCCCUAACCCCCACCUGGCUCUGCCCCAUGCGAACAGCCUGAGCAUCAACCCAGGUGGGCCACCCAGCAGCCUCUCGCAGCCCACUCUCUCCUGCCUCGAGGACGUCUGGGUUCUGAGGAACUCCUGCACUGCAGGAGACAGGAACAGCGUGGGCAGCACAGGCAGUGUUGGGAGCACGCGGAGUGCUGGUAGUGGGCAGAGCACGGAGAGCAAUAGCACCCCCAAUGGCCUGCACCAGCACACAAACCAGCCUGAUUCCAACAAGCAAGCACCACCUGGUGGUGAUUCAGUGCAACCAGACCACCACAAACAGCCUGACCAAUCUACAGGCAUUCCUAGAAAGCCAGCACUUGCUGUGCCGAGAGCAGCAGAGCAGAGCUUUUUGCAGCAGUUUGUGCGACCACAGCAGUUGUUGGAGGGCAAAGAUGCUGAAGCAAUUUACCUGUGGCUGAGUGAGUUUCAGCUGGAGCAGUAUACUGCUAACUUCCUCAACGCAGGCUAUGACGUCCCAACCAUCAGCCGAAUGACCCCUGAGGACCUGACUGCAAUUGGUGUAACAAAACCAGGUCAUAGGAAGAAGAUCUCUUUGGAGAUUGGCAACUUGAGCAUUCCAGAAUGGCUACCUGAAUAUACGCCAGCAGAUCUGGUUGAAUGGCUCAGUGCUAUAGGUCUGCCUCAAUAUCACAAGAAGCUCUUGGAGAAUGGCUAUGACUCCAUCACCAUUGUCCGAGACCUCACAUGGGAGGAUUUGCAAGAGAUUGGGAUAACUAAACUAGGCCAUCAGAAAAAGAUCAUGCUGGCAGUGAAGAAGCUUUGUGACCUGCAUAAAGCUCUCCUCCAGACUGAGUCAGACCAGGGAACCCUGCGCCGCAAAACUCCUGCAGCCCUGGACCUUCUCCCAAUCGAGCCUCCCACUGACAGCGGUGACCUACCCUCGCCUCACACCCCCAAGAUGCUCACCUUUCAGGACAGUGAGCUCAGUGCUGAGCUCCAGAGCGCCAUGGCCACACACUAUGGGGGCCCCCAGGAGGGCCUGGCCAUCAAGAAUGCUGUGGCUAUGUCGGUCAGCCAGGAGAGUUUUGAUACUCGCUCCAGAGGUUCAGGGCGAUCUCAGGAGCCUCCUUUCACACCAUCCUCAUUCUCCUCUGCCACAAACCCUUGCAACCAUUCAGAGGAGAGUCUGGCCAGUACAGACAGCAGCCCUGUAAAAGAACGAAACAUUCCAGAAGGCCGGGACCAGCAGCAGCGGCCUGUUACUAGCUUUUCAGGCUUUAAACACACUACAGCACAAACCAAGCCCAAGCUGACCAGCUCUCCAGCCAAGAAGGCCUUCAGCUACCUGCACUCUAACAGCGGCAGUGGCACUCUGGACCGAUGCUCACCUGGAGUGCCUAAGAAGCGCACCCAGAGCCUGACUCGUUACGCCCUGUCUGAUGGUGAGCCUGAUGAAGAGGACGAUGAUGAGUUGGCCCAACCUCUGGCUGCUGCCCUCCCCUCUUAUGCCACUCUGAGUCGUAGGCCGGGCCGUGGUCAGUCUGCCCCUGAGCAGCUGGUGGGCCGGAGUCAUUCAUUUGCUGUAAGGGCCCGGCGCAAAGGUCCUCCUCCACCCCCACCCAAGCGUCUCAGCUCAGUUACCAGCAGCAGCACCAACACUGAAGCAGCACCAAACCCUCAAGUGAAGCCUGCAGGCAGUGUGGAGACCAAUAGUCCUAGCAAUGUGAAGACCAUUGCGGCCACUUUAGAAACAGCUAUAGUGGACUCCAGGGCAGAGUUCCACCAGGAGGCCACUUCCUCUAUUUCCAGCUUCACUGAAAGGAAGAGGGCCCUGAGCCAAAGUGAGCCCAGUGCGUCCUCGCAGGCCGAAAGUGACAGAGCGGUGAAGUCUGACUCCGAGGAGGACGAGGGCACUAAGGAUGCUGGCCUCGACAGCUCAUCCUCCCCUCAGAACAGCUCCAGCGAGUACAUCCCCUUCGCUGAGGAAGGCAAUCUCACUAUCAAGCAGCGGCCCAAAACAGGUGGUCCACCCAGGGCUGACAAUGUUGUGGAGCAUCCAGAGAAGCAGAAGGCAGCCAAGGCAUCUGAGCUUCCAGAGUUCAACCUGAAAGAGUCAGACACCGUGAAGAGGCGACACAAACCAAAGGAGAAAGACCAGCCACCAUCCGGGUUAGAAAAUGAGCAGCAGCAACAGUACGUGGUCAAGUUGCGCAUCAGUGAGACCGAGAUUGCUGCACCUUGUCCGGAGCCUCUAGCAGCCCAGCCUGUGAAGGCACCGCCACCUCUGGCUCCAAAACCUGCUAGUCCCCCAAAACCUCCACACUACGCUGUUAAUCUCAGACAAUCUGCUCCCGCAGCCACAGUGGGCGGAUCUGGUGUGACAGUGAAUGUGGUGCAGAGCGUGGCAUUUGCUGUGACUACAUCUCCAGUGCCCUGUUCUUCUGUUCCUCGAUCUCAAGUUCAGCCAGGAUUGUCAGAAAAGCCUCAGGUGUGUGUGGAGGUGGGCCCAGGCGCUGUGCUGGUGCAGCAGAGACUGGAUCAGACCAGCUCCUCUCUGGAGCAGGCAUUGAAGGCUGUGGAGAGAAAACUCACCUUAGAUGACAUGACUGAUGGGGGGUGCCACACGGUGAAAACCGCAGGGAACAUUCUGGAUGACAUUGGGAACAUGUUUGAUGAUCUAGCGGACCAGCUAGAUGCUAUGCUUGACUGAACUGGAAUCUACUCUCUCAGGUGAUGCUGCAGACCGGGCUGUCACUCAGACAUGACGCAAGGCAGGGCAGACGGCUUCAAACAAACGUUGGUCGUUUGCUUCUCUGCUGUCUCACAUUACUAAAGUACAGAAUCUGCUGCUUAGUGGGAUUGUUGAGGUGAAUGUUAAUGGAGAUAUUUUCGUUUUUCUGACAGUCCUCUAAACUCAUGUCAGGCCAUCAACAUUUCUUUCACAUUUAGAAGGACCAUUCAUGCUCUAAACACAUAAGCACUUAACCCAGCUGUCCAGUCUGUUGAGCAUAGCCUGCUGCUGCUAAAACCAGAGUGUUCUUCCUCACCUGUCUUUCAGACUCAUCUCCUGCUUGAACUGUUGCUAUUCUAGUUAUUCCAGUUUAUGACCUAACAGCAUUUACAUUCACAUAUUUUAAUGUUUUUUUUUUUUCUGCUUACCUUUCUCUUGAUUUUUAAAUGUAAACCUAACUUAUCGAUAACAAAACAUUUUCAUAAAUGACUGCAACUGUUAAUAUGGCAGGUGGACCUAGAUGAAGAGGUGCACUUAGGAGAAUCAUUCCUCGAGCAGUAAACAAGAUGUGUUUUCUACGCUUUCAACAUAUCUGUAUGUUCCUGACCAUUUCAAUUUUAAUAUUGGUUCUAACAAGUUUUAUAUCAAGUGCAAAGGAUUGAUUUUCAUUUUAAGAUAUAACUGCUUUGGUGCAAGUAAAACGUUUUAACAUGAAUUGCAUUCUGUGUUUAAAAAAAAAGGUCAAUCUUCAGUAGUUAAUGUUUUAAAGGGAACACAUCAUCAGCUAAUGAACUUUUUAGCACCGCUCAAAAAGUACUGCCAGUGUGGAUGUACAGAGGAUGAUGGGAAAAAUUAUUUCAACUGCAUAUUAGUAUGAAAAAUAGUAUUUAAAAAUGUCAAAAUAUGUAUUUUUUACACUAAAGGUAUAUUUGACCUAUAUUUGACUUUACCAAAGUAUAUGUAUAUUUUCCUUGAAAUGUUUUAAUACAAAUUGUAUUUCAUGCAGCUAAACUAAUGAGGGUAUAUUGUUAACACUUACAUUUAUUACUGUUCGUUAUUUUGUUACUUGCAUUUCUGAAUUUCCUGCUAUUAAAACAGUAGUAUGAUUACUGGAGGUUAAUUUUGA